UGGUUCUAGUCACCGUUCUGGUUGAGGAGCACACCGCCGCCGCGACGAUGUUAGAAUCAGGUGUGUACCGAGAGUUGUUGAAGUUCAAGUUCAUCUCGAUGGGUUUCAGUUUUCCGGAAGCUGUCGAGCGGACUGGAUCGAAUUUCGCUGGCUGUGCGCUGUGAAGAUUUGGCUAGAGUUUUAAAUUUUUUAUUCAAGUAAGGCCUAGAUAGAUAGUCACAGAAUGUUCGGAAAAAGUUCUUUGCUGUUGGGAAAAGUGCUUCUGCUUGCAGCUGUGAUUGGUGUUGCUAUUGCAUGCAACGGUGGCUACAAGGUUAAGGUACGCAAGGUGCAGAACUGUGCCGGCUCGGAUGCGGUCAUCACAGCCAACGAAAACUACACGGUGGUGCUGACGAAGAACUGCGACAUCAAGUCCCGCGGUUGCGUUCAGUUCAAAUCGUUCAAGACGGCCGUCGCCAAGUACAAGGUCCGGAAGGACGGUAUGCUGAUGCUGCAGGGCAAUCUCGACCUGUGCGAUCAGCUGCGGGCCGGCAUUCUGGACGCGCAGAUUGGACCGAUGCUGCGAACCUUCAAUCUGCCGGAGAAGUGUCCGGUUGAGGCGGGAACCCUCUGUACCGAUCCGACCCAGGUGAUUAAUAUUGCGGCGUUCGCGCAGUUCCUCGAGCUGGCACAGGGCACCAUUGACGUGGAAACAGAGAUUCAACACGAUACGGGCAGAAGUUGCUUCCGAGUCAGGUUCGAAGUCACAAAGUGAUCAUACAGGUUACGUCGAUGGAAUCAAUUAAAAUAAUAGCUAUGUGUACCUAAUAAACUGUGGCUGGCGGGUGUUAAUAAAAUAUAAAUUGUUACCUCAUACUACGCGGUAUGUCUGAACCGACAA